AUGGCCGCCACUAAAGUUGCCCCGUCUGAUGGUUUUACUCCUGCUGAAGGGCCAGCAGAACUGAAAGGACUCGGAAUCGCAGUUCCCGACUUAGCAUUUUUGCGUGCCCGAAUAAAAACAAUAAAAACAACAUACAGAAGUGAACUCUCAAAAGUUAAUGAUUCGAAAAAAUCUGGUGCAAGCACAGAAGAGAUAUACGUACCAAAAUUGCAGUGGUUCACACUAGCCGAUAGUUUUCUGAGGGAGGUCGCCAUCACCAGGAACUCAAAGUCUAAUUUGGAUACUCAAACUACUUCAAAGGAGGAAAUGAAUGUAACUACUGCAGAUACUGAAACUGAAGAGGGUGCUAUUGAAGAGGAUGAGGGUGCUAUUGAUGAUCCCCAUGAGGAAAACACAUCAAAAUCCGAUGCCGGUGCCGAUUUUCAGAAGCCUAGGACCAAAAUACGUCGUGUAACAAAGUUGGCAAGGAUUGAAUCAACGGUUCACAAAUUACAACAAAUAACAGCCAAUAAUCGGGCAUCCACAACAAGCAAUGUUUCUGCUGACGAGGUUGACCUUUUCGGGAAUUAUGUAGCAGCACAAUUAAAAGAAUUGCCAUUGAGGAAUCGACUAACUUGUCAAGAAAAAAUUCAGUCGAUGCUAACCAAAGAGAGGUUGGCAUUGCUGGCAUCACCAGAACCUCCUAUGUCAUCACCUUCUCCUAUGUUGUCAGGAAAGUCUUCAUAUGGCAAUUUAUCCGAUGACAAUGAUGAAUAUACAACAGACCAACAAACGUAUACAACUGAUGGGCCAUUCCUAACUGAGGCAACUACACCGGUAGUGGCCGCAACUACUGGAAGCCACUAUUUGCCCCGUCUGAAGGGGUUCAUCCUGUCCAGUAGAACUGGCCGCCACUACUGGCCUUUACUUGUGGCCGCCAGUACUUGCCCCGUCUGCAGGGGGCUUUACUGCAGUACCUCAUCACACCUUUCGUUGUCUGGGCUGGACUGGACUACUCCGUCAGAGGCUUGGUCAGGGCUGGCUGGAGAGUCUGCGACUGGUUUCUGCGUCGGGGCGACUGAGGCUGGCUUCCGGGCUGGAGUUCUGGUGGCUGCUGCAGCGUAG